CACUCUGGAGAAGGCGUUGAGUUUGGGGUGUGGGGGUCUGUGGCAUUAUGUGGCGCGUCUGUGCUCAGCGGGCCCAGAGUGCAGCCCCAAGGGCGGGAUCCGGGGCUCGGUGCGCGGCCUUAAGGGAGAGACUUGGAGCUCUGUGCGUGACCCUGCGAUCUGGCCCGGCUCCGGCUCGUUGCGGUAGUACGACCACAGGGUAUGGCGGGGUCCGGGCACUCUGCAGCUGGAGCCCCAACUGUUGGCCUACACCUCGGAACCGCUUCCUGCUGCAGCUUUUGGGAUCACCUGGCCGCCGUUGUUAUAGUCUCCCCCCUCAUCAGAAGGUUCCAUUGCCUUCCCUUUCCCCUACAAUGCAGGCAGGCACCAUAGCCCGUUGGGAAAAGAAGGAAGGGGAAAAAAUCAAUGAGGGUGAACUAAUUGCAGAGGUUGAAACUGAUAAAGCCACGGUUGGGUUUGAGAGCUUGGAGGAGUGUUAUAUGGCAAAGAUACUUGUUGCUGAAGGUACCAGAGAUGUUCCAGUUGGAGCAAUCAUCUGUAUUACAGUUGAAAAGCCUGAGGAUAUUGAGGCCUUUAAAAAUUAUACUUUGGAUUCCUCGGCAACAGCUACCCCACAAGCAGCCCCAGCCCCAGCCCCAGCGCCAGCACCAGCCCCUGCUGUUUCACCACCUACACCUGCUCAGGCUCCUGGUAGCUCAUAUCCCACUCACAUGCAGGUGCUUCUUCCUGCGCUCUCUCCCACCAUGACCAUGGGCACAGUUCAGAGAUGGGAAAAAAAAGUGGGUGAGAAGCUAAAUGAAGGAGACUUACUGGCAGAGAUAGAGACUGACAAGGCCACUAUAGGUUUUGAAGUACAGGAAGAAGGUUACCUGGCAAAAAUCCUGAUUCCUGAAGGCACGAGAGAUGUCCCUCUAGGAACCCCACUCUGUAUCAUUGUAGAAAAAGAGGCAGAUAUACCAGCAUUUGCUGACUACAGGCCAACUGAAGUAACUGAUUUAAAACCCCAAGCACCACCACCUACCCCACCCUCGGUGGCCACUGUUCCUCCAACUCCCCAACCUGUAGCCCCUAUGCCUUCAGUUGCCCGCCCAGCUACGCCUGCUGGACCGAAGGGAAGGGUGUUUGUUAGCCCGCUUGCAAAGAAAUUGGCAGCAGAAAAAGGGAUUGAUCUUGCGCAAGUAAAAGGGACAGGACCAGAUGGCAGAAUCAUCAAGAAAGACAUUGACUCUUUUGUGCCUACCAAAGCUGCUCCUGCCCCAGCAGCUGCUGUGUCUCCCCCAGCUCCAGGAGUGGCACCAGUUCCUACAGGUGUCUUCACAGAUAUCCCAAUCAGCAAUAUUCGCCGAGUUAUUGCACAGCGGUUAAUGCAAUCUAAGCAAACCAUACCUCAUUAUUAUCUUUCUAUUGAUGUAAAUAUGGGAGAAGUUUUGUCAGUGCGGAAGGAACUUAAUAAGACAUUAGAAGGGAGUGGCAAAAUAUCUGUCAAUGACUUCAUCAUAAAAGCUUCAGCUUUGGCAUGUUUAAAAGUUCCUGAAGCAAAUUCUUCUUGGCUGGACACAGUUAUAAGACAAAAUCAUGUUGUUGAUAUCAGUGUUGCCGUCAGUACUCCUGCAGGACUCAUCACACCUAUUGUAUUUAAUGCACAUAUAAAAGGACUGGAAAGCAUUGCUAGUGAUGUUGUUUCUUUAGCAACCAAAGCUCGGGAGGGUAAACUACAACCACACGAGUUCCAGGGGGGUACUUUCACAAUCUCCAAUUUAGGAAUGUUUGGAAUUAAGAAUUUCUCUGCUAUUAUUAACCCACCUCAAUCGUGUAUUUUGGCAAUUGGUGCUUCAGAAGAUAGACUGGUUCCAGCAGAUAAUGAGAAAGGAUUUGAUGUGGCUAGCAUGAUGUCUGUUACACUCAGUUGUGACCAUCGAGUUGUGGAUGGAGCAGUUGGAGCUCAGUGGCUUGCUGAGUUUAGAAAGUACCUUGAGAAACCUAUCACCAUGUUGUUAUAAUUAACCCCAAAAUUUCUAGACUCUCCUAGGUCACAUUGGUUCAUUCUUACCAAGAUAUUUAUGUUAUUGAGCAGGUGGUUAUUUUUAUUUUAAAGUUAACCAGUUAUUUUUGUUAUUGAGUCUGUCCAGAUAAGUUAUUUGUAAUGGGCAUUACUGAAUUUUUCUAAUGCCAAUUACACUCAAAUACUGUGCACAUUCAGUAAUUAAAUACCAGAUUUUAAGCCAGGGGCUCCUAGUGAAGGAACAUAUGGCCUAGCUCUUUGGUGAUAAGUAUGUCCACUAAGAAACGUAGUAAAGGCAGAAUUGUGGUUCCCUGUUGAGACAAGUACAUAAAAGUAACUUGGAUAAAAUCUUGAAUUUAUAAAAUUUAAUUUCCUAAAAUGUUGUGCUUGGACUUAAGAGGGAGAGAAGGGGUCAGGAAAAUUAGUUCUCUUGGAGAAAGUGUUUGAAUUGAAGCUUGACUUUGGAAUUUAAGCCCAAUGUAAAAUUUUCAGUUAUAUGAUCUUGGUUUAGCAUGAAUGGGGGGGUUGGGGGUGGUGGUGGGGUAGAGAACUUUAAGGAAAAUAAGUAAAAUAUCCAAAGUCAACAUUUUCUUAGACAUCCCAACCAAACUGUUCUUUGCUCAUUUUUUCUAUGAAUCCUUAAAUGGUUGUUUUCCCAUUUUGAACUGAAAUUAUAAAGAUAUAAACAACUACUUGGUAUAAAUGAAAAUUUGUGUGGGUAUUUAUUUAAACAAAUGUAUAAUUCUGAGAUCAGAAUCUGUAAUUACCUCCAAAUACAAUAAUAUGUUUAUAGAACUUAACAGAAAGAAAUUAUGAAAGUAGAAUCCUUACUAACUGGUGGUUAUUGCAAAUGAGCCUAAUUAUCACAAUCCUUUACUCAAGGAAAUAUGGGAAGCUAUAUUGAAUAACUAACUAUGGAAUAAGUGUACAUAUGUAAAAUCUGGUUACUAGAGUUGGAUAUGUGCCAAAAUCAUUUGUCACUAAGUCCUACCUGAAAAGAAGAAGGGUAGAAAUGUAUUAGUAAAUAGGGCUGAAAGAUAAUGCCCCAAAGUGGUCAGUUCUACUUCGAUGAAGUAGAAAAUGUUAAAUAUGUACAUAAAGUGUUCUGUGUCUUUCCACCCAAUGGUUGUCUCGUGUAAAAUAAGAAAGCCUUAAAUCCCAUUGGAGAGAAAAAAGUAUUUAGGUUGCUACUUUAUCUUAAAGGAGCCCUGGUGGCGCAAUGGUUAAGCGCUCAUCUGCUAACCGAAAGGUUGGUGGUUGGAACCCACCAGCUGCUCUGCAGGAGAAAGAUGUGACAGUCUGCUUUCAUAAAGAUU